ACCCCUCUUUAAACCCCCCCCGGUGGCCGCAUAAUUCCGGCGAAAGAGCUUAACGGAAGAGAAAAAAGAGAGACAGAAGAAAGGGGGGGAGAGCGAAAUCAUCAUCACUAUUCAAGUAUGGCGGCAGCUUCAGAAACCGAGAGCCCAUCGCCACAAAUUUUUAUUCCUAAUGAAUGGUCGACCGCAGCCGACUUGAUAGCCUGCGGUGCUGUUUCUUUUCCGAUUGCUUUUGUAUGCGGCCCCAAAAACAGCGGGAAAACAACUUUUGCACGCCACCUCGUUAAUGUCCUUCUUCAGAGGCACAAAAGAGUUGCUUUUCUUGAUACUGAUGUUGGGCAGACGGAGUUUACUCCGCCUGGUCUCCUAGCACUAACUGUUAUUGACAAAAUAACCCCAGAUUUGACGAUUCCAUGCGUGAAAACUCCUGCAAGAUGCUUUUUCUUUGGUGACAUCUCCUCUAAAAGAGAUCCAACAACCUAUUUGACUUAUAUAAAGGCCCUUUAUGAUCACUAUAUGGAAACAGAAAUCCAGGGUGCAGGGCUACCACUUGUCAUAAAUACCCCAGGCUGGGUAAAAGGUAUUGGAUAUGAGAUACUGGUGGAAAUGCUAAGAUAUAUAUCUGUCACACAUGUCGUUAAGCUUCAAAGAUCGGUUCUCUCUAGGAACUUACCAGAUGGGGCAUUUUGGUUAAACGAGGGGGAUGCUGAUGCCACCACCACAACUGUUAUUGAGAUUAAUGCUCCUUCUCAGAACCAUUUAACUUCAACGGUGCCAAUGCGAAAGGAUGCACGUCUUCAACGGGAUCUGCGACUAAUGGCAUACUUUAAGCAAUGCUUUCCAAGUGAUACAAUUAUCUCCACGAUUAAGGAACUUUCUCAUGCAUUGGCUUCUCACCCUCCUUAUGAGAUUCCCAUAUCAAGUAUAAAAAUAAAACACCUCCAUUGCCAGGUCGCGACUACUGAAACUUUCUACAGUUUGAAUGCAACUAUUGUUGGGCUGGCAAUCAGUUCAGUCUCCGAGCAAUUGCCUCAAUGUGUUGGCUUGGGAAUCGUGAGAGCAGUUGACACCUUCAAAGGAGUGCUCUAUGUUAUAACCCCUGUUCCACCUCAUAUUUUGGAAGAUGUUGAUUUGUUACUUCAAGGAUUCAUUCCAAUUCCUAUUUCUUUACUGCAGGUAUGU